AUGGGUUGUUUCAAUUCUAAGGAAAGAAGGCGACGGAAUCCUACUCAGCAGACUAUAAUAAAUCUUGCUUUACAGACAGCUUUCAAUGUCAGUGAGGUUGAAGCACUGUUUGAGCUUUUUAGGAGCAUCAGCAGUUCUAUUCUUGAUGAUGGACUAAUAACCAAGGAUGAAUUUCAAUUGGCAAUCUUCAGAAGCAGUACAAGGGAAAAUAUCUUUGCUAAUCGGAUAUUUGACCUAUUUGAUCUCAAGCGGAACGGAAAUAUUGACUUUGAUGACUUUGUUAGAUCUCUCAAUGUUUUCCACCCAAAUACACCAUUCGAACUCAAGAUAACUUGGUCGUUUAGGCUCUAUGAUUUGCACAAUACUGGUUUUAUAGAGCGACAAGAAGUUAGACAAAUGUUAGUUGCACUUCUUGCUGAGUCUGACAUGACGUUAGCAGAGGAGGUGAUAGAAACAAUUAUGGACCAGACAUUCUUGGAAGCUGAUAAAAACCGAGAUGGGAGAAUAGACUUCGAAGAGUGGCGAAAUUUUGUUACUGAUAAUCCGUCACUAUUAAAAGUCAUGACCCUACCUUAUCUGAGGGAAUUAACCACUUCUUUCCCAAGUUUUGUUGUUAACUCUAAGGUGGAUAACGUUGCUGAGUUGUAA